GGAUAGAAUAAUAGUUCCAAUAGCUCCAGAUAGAGAUAGUACAUCAGUUCCAUUAGUUCCAGAUAGAAAUGUAACAACAGUUCCAGUAGCUGUAGAUAGAGAUAGCACAUCAGUUCCAAUAGCUGUAGAUAGGGAUAGAAUAAUAGUUCCAAUAGCUCCAGAUAGAGAUAGUACAUCAGUUCCAUUAGUUCCAGAUAGAAAUGUAACAACAGUUCCAGUAGCUGUAGAUAGAGAUAGCACAUCAGUUCCAAUAGCUGUAGAUAGGGAUAGAAUAAUAGUUCCAAUAGCUCCAGAUAGAGAUAGUACAUCAGUUCCAGUAGUUCCAGAUAGAAAUGUAACAACAGUUCCAGUAGCUGUAGAUAGAGAUAGCACAUCAGUUCCAAUAGCUGUAGAUAGGGAUAGAAUAAUAGUUCCAAUAGCUCCAGAUAGAGAUAGUACAUCAGUUCCAUUAGUUCCAGAUAGAAAUGUAACAACAGUUCCAGUAGCUGUAGAUAGAGAUAAAACAAUAGUUCCAAUAGCUGUAGAUAAAGAUAAAACAACAGUUACAAUAGCCGUAGAUAGAGAUAAAACAACAGUUCCAAUAGCUGUAGAUAGAGAUAAAACAACAGUUCCAAUAGCUGUAGAUAAAGAUAGCACAUCAGUUCCACUGACAGUCAGUAAAACAGGGAACAUUAAGAAAAUUCUAUAG